AUGGAGAAGGUCCAGCACCUCACCCGCUCUGCCCUAAGAAGAGCGUCCACCAUGGAGAUGCCUCCACAAGCACGCCAAAACCUCCAGAACCUGUUCAUCAACUUCUGUCUCAUCCUGAUAUGUCUCUUGCUGAUCUGCAUCAUCGUGAUGCUUCUCUAA